GCGAGCAGCACUGCAACUUCGCAGCAGGCCUACCAGGGCAAGGUGUACUCAGGCAUGGCAGUCCGUCCGCGCGGUCUCGGCACCCCUCGCCGAGACAUGCUGGCUGGGGAGAUCUACCGGAGCUCACUGGAUGCUCCGACAACGCUGACAAAAGACGGCUUGGCCUGGGGGCGCUUCCUUUCGACAAAGGCACACUACCGGACGCCAGAGGAGAAAGCCGAAGCCGCCAAGUCCCAAAAGCAGAAGGGAUUCUUUCAGCGAAUGUUUGGGGGUGGCGGAGACGACGCAGAUGACCUCGACGAGGUAGCCGGAGACGCAGGAGCCCCCUCGAAUCUGCCAACCAGCCCCUGA